CAUACAGAAAACCCUAGAGAGUAUAUAUAUGACAUUCAUAACUUGCCAAACCCAUUGCCGAGACAGAGAACCCUAGAGACUUUCUUAUCUGCCUCUGCGCCUGCCUCCUCCCUCCAAACCGUGACUCGUCGGCGACGCACGCUUCUCUGUUCUAGAAAGAAAGAUGCAGAACGAGGAGGGACAGAUCACUGAGCUCUACAUUCCUAGGAAGUGCUCUGCAACAAACAGGUUGAUAACUGCAAAGGACCAUGCGUCAGUUCAGAUCAACAUUGGUCACUUGGAUGAGAGUGGUCUCUACAAUAACACCUUCUCCACAUUUGCCCUCUGCGGCUUCAUUCGUGCUCAGGGUGAUGCCGACAGUGCACUAGACCGCUUGUGGCAGAAGAAGAAAGCCGAGAAGCAGCAGUAGAGAUGUUCAAUGAUAGUAUUUUUUUUAUGGACCAAGUUCUUGCUAGAGAUGUUGAGUAUUACUAUCUUUAUAUUGUAGAACUUCUAAUUUUUCUCUGGUACCCUAAACAAAGGUGUUGCUUUUGAAUUAUUUUCAUCAGUGCAUUUGAAUUAUUUUUAUUAUCA